CGUGCGUGCGUGCGCGGUGAGGUCAGACGCUCGCGAGGCGCCGCCGGCUUGGCUACCCGCCCGCCAUCUUGGCCCCGCUGUGUGUGGAGGCGACGCCAGGCGACUGCUGCGGCCUCGGGGGUGAGCAAGGAGGCUCUAGCUCAAUGAACUGAAAUGUCUGAAAAGUCAGGACAGAACACAAAAGCAAAGGAUGGAAAAACCAAGUAUGCAACACUUAGUCUGUUUAAUACUUAUAGAGGAAAGACUCUGGAAACACAGAAAGCUACAGUCACAACACGCCAUGGAUUACAGAGUCUUGGAAAAGUUGCCAUUUCACGAAGGAUGCCCCCUCCUGCUAAUCUCCCCAGUCUUAAAGCAGAAAACAAAGGCAAUGAUCCUAAUAUAAACAUUGUGCCUAAGGAUGGCACAGGAUGGGCUUCUAAACAAGAGCAACAUGAGGAAGAAAAACCGCCAGAAGUGCCACAGACCCAGCCAAAGCCUGCAGUUCCUGCUCCUCAAGAAGCACCUCCAGUUGCCAAAUCAUGGGCCAAUACCAAGCAAGGUGGGCAGGGUGAUGGUCCUGGAGUUCAAAUAAAUAGCUAUUUCCAGCAAGAGUUUCCUAGUCUGCAGGCAGCUGGUGAUCAAGAGAAGACUAAAGAGAAGGAUGCAGCUGAAGAGCCUUAUGGUCCUGGGCCCAGUUUACGACCACAAAAUGUUGCUAGCUGGCGAGAAGGUGGAGGCAGGAAUCUGAACUCUCCAAAUUCUCCAACUGAUCAAGAAGCAAAACCUGUCGCUCAAGAAGACGGUAAUGUGCCUGGACCAGUAGAACAGAGUGAUGGCCCCAAGGUACCAGAGAAGAGGGAUAUAAGGAUAGCACUGCCACCUGCUCCCAAGCUUAAUGGUCAGCAACAGCCUGGGAUCAUAUCUCAGUACAGAGCAAUGAUACCACCCUAUAUGUUUAACCAGUACCCUAAAUUGGCAUAUCCUCAAAUGCCAGGUCCCAGCAGGUUCCCUGCUCCAUCUGAGGCUACCAGAGGACCACGGGGUAGAGGGCCCUCUUCAUGGAGCUCAGAAACUGUAGAACGCCCAGCCAUCCUAAGUGCUAAUGAGCUCAAAGAACUUGACAAGUUUGAUAAUUUGGAUGCUGAAGCUGAUGAAGGCUGGGCUGGAGCCCAGAGUGAGGUAGAUUAUACUGAACAGUUGAACUUCAGUGAUGAUGAUGACCAAGGAAGUAACCAGAAAGAACAGCAUAGCAGUAAUGAACCUGCAAAAGAUGUGGAGAAGAAAGAUUCAGAAGAACAUAAAUCAUCUGCUCCUUUGCAGUCAGUUGGUUCCAAAGUGCCAUAUAAUAAAAGCAACUACUUUGAGCAGGAACGCAGUCUGACACCAGCCCAGUCUUUAGUGCUUGAGAGGGGCAGUUCUGGGCUUCAGCCAAAAUCUGUUCAGCAUCCACUUCCAGAUCGCUUGGCAGGGCCAGGAAAGCAAGGUCCUUUUCCUCCUAGGCCAACACCAGAUGAGGAUGAGAUUUGGAAACAGAGGCGAAGACAGCAAGCAGAAGUAUCUGCAGCUGUAGAACGAGCCCGUAAAAGGCGCGAGGAAGAGGAGCGAAGAAUGGAAGAGCAAAGAAAAGCAGCAUGUGCUGAAAAGCUAAAACGGUUAAAUGAGAAAUUUGGCUGUGUAACAAAACCACCCCGAGAAGACCCACUGAAAGAAAAAGAAAAGGAGAAGGAAAAGGAGAAGGAGAAGGAGAAGGAGAAGGACACUGAUAAGGAGAGGGAAAAAGUAAGUGAAAAGGAAAAAGACACAGUGAUAGAAAAGGAAAGGGAAGAAAAAGAAAACCAAGAGAGGGAAAAGGAAGCCGAGAAGGAAAGGGAAAAAGUGGAGAGGGAAGAAGCAGAAGAGAAACCAAAAGCUGAAGUGCUUGAACCUCAAGAGCCAAUCACUCCAUCUGUUACAGUUGAGAAGCCACAAGAAAGUGAAAGCAGCAGUAAAGAGGAGAGAGUGUGUCAAGCUGUUUCCACCACUCAAGAAAGCAAUCAUAGUGAAAGAGAAAGUUCUCACGAAAUCGAGACUGAUUCUGGUGCUCAGCCUCGUCCUGCUAUUUCUUCUGGCUAUUCAAAGCAGUUUCAGAAAUCAUUGCCACCAAGGUUUCAGAGACAACAGGAGCAGAUGAAACAGCAACAGUGGCAGCAGCAGCAGCAGCAAGGGGUCCUACCACAGUCUACACCUUCUCAGCCUUCUGCUGGCCCUGUUCCCCCACCACCGCAUAGACCACUCUAUCAGCCCAUGCAGCCACAUCCCCCACAUUUGGCUUCUAUGGGCUUUGAUCCACGGUGGCUCAUGAUGCAAUCUUACGUGGAUCCACGAAUGAUGUCAGGAAGGCCUGCUAUGGAUAUGCCACCUAUUCAUCCAGGAAUAAUGCCUCCUAAGCCACUUCUAAGAAGGGACCAAAUGGAGGGGGCAGGAACUGCUGCGGACUCUUUGGAUCAUGUUACUCGAUCAGCAAGGGAGCAUGCUAUUCCUCUGUCAGAACCGCGCAUGGUGUGGGGGUCAGAACCAUAUCCUCAUGCAGAGCCUCAGCAGACUAGCAAUCCCCCCAAAAUCCUAGAAGACACUGAAGAUCUAAGGCCUGAGGCACUUCUGGAUCAAGAACACAUAGCUGUUCAAGAGGUUUACGCAGCAGAACAGAUUCAUUUGGACUCUCAGACAAAGGUGGACUUCUUCAAAGAACCCAGUGAAAUGAGUGUACAGAAGACCUCAGCCAGGUCUUUAGAAGAUGCUCAGCCUCACCAAUCUGACACACCUGCUCCUGCGUUGAGUUUUGAUGUAAAUGCAGAAAAUGUCUCCCAAAUCUCCAAGGAAGAAGAAAUGCUUGUAGAAGAGAGCAAUACUUCCCUGAAGAGCAUUUCUCAUGGGUCAAGCCAUUCUCUGAAAUCUGAAGACCAAGCAAAUGAUACACAAUCAAAUGUUUCCAAAGUCAGCAGCAGACACAUUGAGCCAAAAGAACCAAUUCUUGAAAGAAUAGAUAGUAAACUGAAAAAAGAUGUGUUUGUAACUAAUAGGCUGUCUGAAGGACCAAAGCCUGAAAAACCCUUUAAGCCUAAAUCUGAAACUAGGUGGGGUCCAAGACCAGGUUAUGGGAGAAGAGAGGAAGGUAGUGAUAGGCCAGUGAGAAGGUCUGGUCCUAUUAAAAAGCCUAUCCUUCGAGAUAUGAAAGAAGAGCGUGAACAAAGAGAAGAGCGUGAACAAAAGAAGGAAAGAGAGGGAGAAAAACUGACAAAUGAGAGAGCUAGCAAGAUUGAGAAAAAGGAACAGUCUCAGGUUCCACCUCCCAGGCUAGAACCAGAGAAGACCACCACUGGUGGUAAAAAGGCAUUGCAAAGCACACCACAAGCUUCAGACUGCGCAGAUGCUCCUGUGCAGCCCACAGUUACACCUGCUGUGCAGCAGCCUCUCAUUGUCCAGCAGCCUGCAAUUGUACCACCAGUGUCUCAGCAGCCACCUGCAGUACAGACAUCUCCACCCAUAGGUCCACAGCUGCCUAGUCCACAAAUUACUGUUGAGCUUCCAUCCGUUACUAUCCAGCAGCUACCAGUUCAGCAGCCUGUCAACACAACAAAGGAAGAAAAGCAGCCAGAGAAAGUAAUCAACAAAGAACGAACUGUAGAGAGACCUCGUAUGGAAACUAGACCUGUGAAAAGAGAACCUGGUUUGCCUCCCAGAACAUACUGGAAAGAAGCUAGGGAUAGGGACUGGUUUCCAGACCAAGGAUACAGAGGCAGAGGACGUGGAGAAUAUUAUUCUAGAGGACGAAGCUACAGAGGUUCUUAUGGAGGCAGGGGUCGAGGUGGGAGAGGCCACAAUAGAGACUAUCCACAUUACAGAGACACUAAGCCUCGAGUGGAGCAUGUGCCUUCUGGUCCUCUUAGGCAGAGAGAAGAGAGUGAAACCCGUAGUGAGAGCUCCGAUUUUGAAGUAGUUCCAAAACGGCGAAGACAGAGAGGCUCAGAAACUGACUCUGACAGUGAAGUGCAUGAAAGUGCAAGUGACACCCUUCUUUCAGACAAGGACAGCUUAAGCAAAGGCAGACACCCAAAGAGAGAAGAAAAGACAGAUGUCAAAAAGCCUGCAAAAGCUGUAUUGUCUUAUAAACCUGAACAUAAUAUCCGAGGGGACAAUAGGGUUUUAGACAAAACUUACGGGAGGGAAGAUGAGAAUAAACCCAAACCAGGAUUUCUUCCUAAAGGAGAACCUUCUAGACGUGGCAGGGGGGGCAUGUUCAGACGUGGGGAUAGAGAUCCAGUUGGCCGUCCACCUCGGCCGUCUACUCUUAGGAAACCAGGAUACAGAGAGAAUCAGUGGAACCCGAGGCAGAUGGAACCCCCCAAACUUGAAGAUGGGGAGCCCCCACAAAGGCAUGACCAUUAUGGUUCUAUAUCACUGGAUAAAAGGCCACCUGCAAAGUUUGAGAGAAAAUUUGAUCCUACUCGGGAAAGGCCUCGUAGGCAAAGACCUGCACGACCUCCCAGGCAAGAUAAGCCACCACGCUUUAGGCGUCUAAAAGAGAGAGAGGCAGCAUCAAAAAUAAGUGAAGCCACAACCAGCUCAUCAUCAAGUGCUGCAAUGAGUAGCGCAGUUAAUGAACAGCCAAGCACUACUUUGGAGGUGUCAGGAAGUAAGACACCAGACUUGUCCAAUCAGAACUCCUCAGACCAAGCAAAUGAAGAGUGGGAAACUGCUUCAGAAAGUAGUGAUUUCAAUGAGAGGCGUGAGAGGGAUGAAAAAAAAAUAGCAGAUGUUACAGCACAGGUAGCUGUUAAGCCUGGGGAAAGCACACUAGCCCCAAAAAGGGAAAUAGCCAAGAGAAGUUUUUCCAGUCAGCGGCCUGGGAUUGAUCGGCAAAAUCGUCGUGGAAAUUGUGGACCACCCAAAUCUGGACGGAACUUCUCAGGGCCAAGAAAUGAAAGGAGAAGUGGCCCUCCAACAAGAACUGGGAAAAGGGGACCAUUUGAAGAGCAAGCUGCAGUUGUGAUUAGUGCUGAAACAGUUGGGAGCAGUUUACAUCCAGAGGAAAGUGGGAACAGUGCUGCUGCGCUGAAAGGUUCCAAAGAUCCCAACAUCAAGAAGCGAGAAGAGCCCAAAGCUGGUCCAAAGAAACCGAAAGAGAAAGUGGAUGCAAUUUCUCAAUUUGACCUUAACAACUAUGCAAGUGUUGUGAUUAUUGAUGACCACCCUGAAGUGACAGUAGUUGAAGAUUCCCAGUCCAAUUUGAACAAUGAUGGUUUUACUGAAGUGGUAUCAAAAAAGCAACAAAAACGCCUGCAAGACGAGGAACGCAGGAAGAAGGAAGAGCAAACAGUGCAGGUCUGGACCAAAAAGAGUUCAAAUGAAAAAGGAAGGUGUCCAAAUUCCAAACUACCACCCAGGUUUGCCAAAAAGCAACAGCAGGCGACAGCAGCAGCCGCAGCUGCCACUCAACAGGUUCAGGUUCAGGCUCAACCGCAACUCCCACUGCAGUGUGUGUCUCAGAUUCCAAGUCCACAGACUUCAGCUCAGCUGCAACCACAGGCAACCUGUGCAGCAAACAGCAGCACCGAGUAUACAGCAACAAGCAAAACUCUUCAGAACACACCAUCUCAUAAUGCUGUAGGAACCGAAUUAUGGGAUAAUAAAGUGCCACCUACAACAGUCCUCAAUGACAUCUCAAAAAAAUUGGGACCCAUUAGUCCUCCCCAGCCUCCUUCAGUCAGUGCCUGGAACAAGCCUUUGACAUCAUUUGGAUCAGCUCCAUCUCCAGAGGGAACAACAGUUGGGCAAGAAAGUGGAAUUGAUUUGGGAAUAGAAACUAUUCAGUUUGGUGCUCCAGCAUCUAGUGGGAGUGACAGUGAAGUUGGCCCACUUUCAGAGAAGACCUCAGAGAAGCUUCUUGAACCCAAGGAGCAAAGGCAGAAGCAGCCCCGGGCAGGACCCAUAAAAGCACAGAAGCUUUCAGAUUUGAGUCCAGUAGAAAACAAAGAGUACAAGCCUGGUCCCAUUGGGAAAGAACGGUCAUUAAAGAACAAGAAAGUAAAGGAGGCUCAGCAAGGGGACUCUGAGGGGCAAGAGAAACCAAGCCCUGCUGCCGUCAGAAGUCCAGACCCUGUUCCUUCUAAAGAAGGCAAAGCAGCUGCUGAACUUGGUACUGAAAUAGGAACAAUGAUAUCCGUGACUGCUUCAGAGUUUGGAGCAACCCAAAAGGAGUCUGUAACAGACUAUACAGCACCUUCUUCUCACUCCAGUACAGUGGCUGCAAGCAGUGCAAAGAUGGAAGAGGCUUUAGUGACAAAUGUGCCCCUGCCCCACACCCUUCCCCUCCCUAGGAGGGAGGCUCUGCAACAGAGCUCCAGCCUAACUCCAGUUUCUCCCGCAACCGUGGACCUCACCCUCAAGAUGGAGUCUGCUCGCAAAGCAUGGGAGAAUUCACCAAAUGUCGGGGAGAAGAAUUCACCAGCUACAUCAUCAGCAUCUCCAGUAGGUGGUAGUAGUGGUAGCAGCAGUGGCAGCGGAAGCAGCAGCAGCAGCAGUGGACCAACCAGCGGUACAUACAGCUCUUUCUCAAGUGCAUCAAUGCCUCCCAUUCCUGUGGCUUCAGUUACACCUACAACUUCAUUGUCAGGAGCUGGAACAUACACUACCUCUUCACUGAGUACAAAAACAACCACAACCUCUGAUCCACCCAACAUUUGUAAAGUGAAGCCACAGCAGUUACAGACAAGUAAUUUGGCAUCUGCUGGUCACUUUUCCCAACUAAGCUGUAUGCCAUCACUAAUUGCUCAGCAGCAGCAGAGUCCACAGGUCUAUGUGUCUCAGUCGGCAGCAGGUAAUAUACGAGCUCAAAUUCCAGCUUUCUACAUGGAUACAAGCCAUCUCUUUGGUACCCAGCAUGCACGACUGGCUCCUCCAUCACUGGCCCAGCAGCAGGGAUUUCAGCCAGGGCUCUCACAGCCUACAUCAGUUCAGCAGAUACCAAUCCCUAUAUAUGCACCUCUGCAAGGGCAGCAUCAAGCUCAGUUGGGUUUAGGAGCAGCACCUGCUGUUUCCCAAGCCCAGGAAUUGUUUAACUCAUCAUUGCAGCCUUAUAGAUCCCAGCAGGCAUUUAUGCAAAGUGGCCUGUCUCAGCCGUCACCAGUGGUUCUUUCUGGCACAGCCUUACACAACUUCCCAGCAGUGCAGCAUCAGGAACUUGCCAAGGCACAGUCAAGCCUUGCAUUUCAGCAGACAUCUAAUACUCAACCUAUUCCUAUCUUGUAUGAGCAUCAACUGAGUCAAGCUUCAGGACUAGGAGGCUCCCAGCUUAUUGAUACGCAUCUUCUCCAGGCCAGAGCUACUCUUACCCAGGCCUCAAAUUUGUAUUCUGGACAGGUUCAGCAACCAGGUCAGACUAGCUUCUAUAACACUGCGCCGUCUCCCAGUGCUCUCCAGCAGGUAAACUAUGGCACGGUGACAGUACCUAUACCAGGAUCACAACUUUCUUUGCCCAACUUUGGAUCAGCAGGCCAGCCAUUAAUUGCUCUUCCACAGUCCCUCCAGCCUCCUUUACAGCACACGCCACCACAGCCUCAGACUCAGAAUCUGAGUCGGCCAGCACAAGUAGGCCAGCCUUUCAGAGGACUAAUUCCCGCUGGAGCUCAACACAGCAUUAUAACUGGGAAGAUGUCAGAAAUGGACCUGAAAGCUUUUGGAAGUGGCAUUGAUGUUAAACCAGGCACACCUCCAGUCACCGGACGAAGCACCACUCCAACGUCUAGUCCCUUCCGGAAAUAUGAAGACAGAAUGACUGCAUACUUGCCCAAUUCCCAUUUAUUUCAGCAGAGCUUGCACAGGGUUGCUUCCACAAGUCCGAACAGUCAGGCCAAUAAAAUGAAUACCAUCGUCUACCAGAAGCAGUUUCAGUCGGCAGCUGUGAGAAUGACGCAACCAUUUCCUCCUCAGUUUGCACCCCAGAUCCUCUCUCAGCCUAACCUGGUCCCUCCAUUGGUAAGAGCCCCACAUACUAACACCUUCCCAGCGCCUGUUCAGAGGCCGCCAGUGGCACUGGCUAGUCAGAUGCCACCUCAGAUGACCACAGGCCUUAUGAGCCACCCUCGUUUGCCACAUAUGGCCAGGGGUCCUUGUGGAUCACUCUCUGGAGUCAGAGGCAAUCAGGCCCAGACUGCGAUGAAGGCUGAACAAGACAUGAAGGCAAAGCAGAGAGCAGAAGUCCUUCAGUCAACACAGAGAUUCUUCUCUGAACAGCAGCAGGCCAAGCCACCUGGAAGCAAAAUGCAGAAAGUGAGUGACGGUGGGAGUAAAGCGGCUGAGGCAAUGGCAGACUCCUCCCCAGGAGUAUGUCAGGACAAAGUGGCGGAGAAACCAAGCCCUGCACCCACAACAGCCCCCAAGCCUGUUAGAACUGGACCAAUCAAACCUCAGGCUAUCAAGACAGAGGAAACAAAAUCCUAAGUGUUGUGCCCAUUUCUUUCAAUUGGGGAGUGAAAUGCCACUGGCAAAACCUUUAUUCAAAGGGCAAAGCAUGUCCCUUCAAGGCUGUGAAUGGCAUAAAUAGACACAGUUGCUAAUUAGCCUUGGCAGACAUGAAUGGUAACAUGCUUUAAAGGUCUGGAGAUCUUGGGGCUUGUAGCUUCCAGGCCACCACAUGAAUUGAGCGUAAUCUGUCUGUAUAGGGGCACCUGUUUUUCUGAGGAUGCAAAAUGAAAAAUAAUGCUGCUGAAGCAUGUUAUUAACCAGUGGUAAAUGCUCUUCUGUUUGCUGUUUCAUUUUGAAAAGAAAGGCAGAUUGAAGAAGGCUAUGCUGGACAGAAAUGAAAUCGGUUUUAUGUUGCUCAGGGUCCUAAGAGGAUGCUGUUAUUUAAUAAUGAAACAAGAGAAUUUAAGGCAAUUGAGAAGUCACACAGAGCAACUUACCCUCAGCCUUCCUCACUUUCCCCACCAACACACACUUCAUUCUGUGAUGCUCUACAUCAGAUAUCCCUAAAAGGCAGGCUAUAGCUGCUGCUAUGGUUUGAUAUGGUGCUGAAUUAACUGGGGAAGAUGCGAAUUGACUCCCAUGUUCAUACCAAAAGUGCAGAGUUUAGAAUACUCCCAUUUAGGAGUUGUAUUGCCAGUCACAUUGAGCUCUGGCUCAGUAGUACUUGGGGGAAGCAAUCCUUUGGCCUUCAAACUGUUUUCAGCUUAUGUCUGUAUAGAGCAACAAGCACGUAACCUGCUGCAAGACAGCAUCCUCUGAAACAAUGCAUUCUUAUAUCAAAGCUACUCCUUCCUGCUCACUGUGUGCUGGGAAAUAGAAUCAAGUCAAAUAAUGCCUUCUUAAUUGUAUCCUUCUAGUAGUAUAGCUGUAGGAGAGUACUGUAUGAUAACUUCUGUGAAUGUAAAAUACUCCAUACCUGCUUAUAUGUAGUUGUGACUGUGCUAUAGUAGAGCUGUUUUAAUGACGUUACUGAAGACUUUUUCAGGCAAUGAUUGGAAGUUAAUAAGAGAGCACCACGUACCAUAGCAAUUGCAGAAUUGACUGUUUUCUCUGAGAAUUUCUUCUUCCCCUUCCCAACAUUUUUUUGGAACGAAGAGUGAGCUAAAAGUCUAAUGUGUAUAAUUUUGUUCAGAUGACAGCAGAAGCUGGAAAAGUCUGUUGCUGCUAUUGAUGCCUAGUGAAAUGCUAUUGGUUAUCUUUUUAUAUAAAUAUUAUAAUUUGAAUUUUUGGAAACUUAGCUGUGAUGUCAGCUUUGGGGGAAAGAUAUCCACUUGUACUGUGAGUUGGCAUUGUACAGAAAUUAACAGCCAUAUUGGUCUAGAAAUGUUUAAACUUUUUUUUCAUUUGUACAGGGGUAACACUGUAUUAAAUAUGUAAGGUCUUAUUUACAUGGGUUUGAUUACAGAAACUAAUAAAAAAUAUUCUCUACAUAAA